CCCAGCAGGCAUUUUUGAUUGAGAUAAACGUUGCCAGUCUUCUUACCCACUGCAUGAUCAAUUUACACCAACCAUGGAUGAGAUAGCUUUGAGGGAUUUUCAACCACGACUACAGGCACAAACUGUCUUUAAAUCCGAUGCUGGCUGGUUUUACAGGAUUCCUGCUCUUUUGUACGAGAGAGAAAGUGAAACUAUUCUGGCCUUUGCGGAGCAGAGGCUGAGUCGAGAGGAUAUCAGUACAAAAAACCUGGUCAUGUCAACAGGAACGCUGAAGAAGCCAGAAAGGACGAUUGAGUGGUCAGAGCACAAGGUGGUGGAAGAGGCACAUAUUGAUGGACACCGUCCUAUGAACCCCUGUCUGGUGUAUGAGAAAAACAGCAAAACACUUUUCCUGUUUUUCAUCUGUGUUGAGGGGCAGGUCAGCGAGAACUGGCAGAUAGAAAACAACACCAACAAGGCCCGUCUCUGCUACAUUACGAGCAAGGAUCUUGGACAAACUUGGACUGUUGUGACUGAUUUGACUGACACACUUUGUGAAAGCCAAAACUGGGCCACAUUAGCUGUUGGGCCAGGACAUGGUUUUCAAAUGAGGAGUGGGACAUUGAUUGUUCCAUUUCAUGCUUAUGUUAUUCCCCACAGCUCAGGCUGUCUCUCCUGUCUCAAAUCAAAAAAAAGAGAGAAAAAUUCUCCACAUGCAUACCAUCUGUUUAGUGAGGAUGGUGGAAAAUGGCAGUUGAGCAAAAUGCUUCAAAAUGAGUCUAUUGAAUGUGAAAUGGCAGAGUUUUUUGAUGAAAAAGACAACAGCCUCAUCUACUGCAAUGCUCGUACAAGGAGAAGCUAUCGAGAAGAAGCUGUCUGUGGAAGCAACAACAUUUACACUUGUCAGCCACACAAUGAUAGGCUUGUGGAGACAGGUCAGGGCUGUCAGGGAAGCGUGGUCUCCUUUCCAGCUCAGAGCGAAGAUGCAGGUGAAACAAGCCCGGACCUAAACAAGUGGCUCCUCUUCACCCACCCAAAUGAUAAGGAGAAAAGGAUUCAUCUAGGGGUGUAUCUCAAUAGAUCUCCAAAGGCUCCAAGCGCAUGGAGCAACCCAUGGAUCAUCAACAGUGGGCACAGUGGUUACUCAGACCUAGCUUACCUUGGUGAUGGUCAGUUUGCAUGUCUAAUGGAGUGUGGGGAGCAGACGGAAACUGAGAAAAUAGCCUCUGUAGUUUUUAGUUACAGUGAAGUCAAGCAGGGCAUUGGAGAGUAAAACAAAUGCUUUUAUCUGAUAUGAAGCCUUUUCUCUAUUUUUAAAGACUUCUUGGAAUCGUUAUACUCUAUGUUAAAAUGAUUACAAAGCACCUGACUUUAAGAUACUGAUGCUGAUGAUUUAGAUUUUAUAACCAGCCUUGAAAAUGUAUGAUCAUAUGCUAAGAUUUUUUUAAUAUACUUCUGAUAUGUAAUUUAAUAGAAGCAAUAUUUAUGGAGAGCUUAAUGUUGCUCGGUAUAAGAAUUAAAAGUCUAGGAGAAAUCAAUGGCACCAUAUUAUAGUUAGAAAGAUUUCCUUUCACAGGAACUGCUGUUUUGCAAAAAACAAAGGAAGGAAAGUUCUCCUUCCUGUUUUCAAUAGAAAUACAGCAGUGACUGUAAUCAAGUUUUCUUACAUGGAUAAUCCAUUAUUAAAUUCAUUAAAGGGUAACUGGUCUAGCUUUCUGAUAAACUUUCUAACUCUAACCCACCAAUUCUGAGUUUACAAAUGUUAAUUAAGUAUCUGAUAAUCUGUCACAGGUGUCUGAUUUGUAGCAAACCAACAAUUAAAGUUAGUUAAGUCAUUGCUAAAUGUUGUAUUAAAUGUUUAUAAGUCUGCAUUGUAAUUAUUAAUACGCUGUGAAAUGCUUUUUAUCGAUUACACAGACUAUAUUUAGUGAGCUUUAGCUGUUCUGGUAGAUUUUUCAAAGAGCUGUUUCCGCCAUGAUGCCAGUAUGUAUGCUAACCUAAGAUAACAGUAUUCUGGGAUUAACCCCAUACUUCACUAGAAAUGAAAGUGCUACUGACCUUGUCAGCUAACUGAUAAGUGUACUUCCCAGGAUGUCCAGUCAUGACAAAUGAAUGGGAUUUCCAGUAGGAUUAAAAAAACCCUUCACAGUUGGUUUACUUAUCAGUCGAGUGAAAAUGUUGUUUUACCGAUUAAAACAAAGUGGGAAAUUUCUGUUUCCUGUUUUUAAUGGAUAAACGGGUGGGGUUUGAAACACAACUACUCUUAUGAAACUGGCGCUUGUUGCAGGGAAGCGGUCUCUGAUGUGAUACAACAUCACAUAAUAUAUUGAUGAUUUAUUGAUAUGGAAGAUUGUAGCUGAUAUAUAUAUAUAUAUAUAUAUAUAUAUAUAUAUAUAUAUAUAUAUAUAUAGAAAGAU